AUGGGUGACUGGAGCUUUCUGGGGCGACUGCUGGAGAACGCUCAGGAACACUCCACCGUGAUAGGAAAGAGGUGUCCAACUCCGCUUCUUCCUCAAACCUUGUGGUCCUUCCUCCCCAAGGUUUGGCUGACCGUCCUCUUCAUCUUCCGUAUCUUGGUGCUGGGCGCGGCGGCGGAAGAAGUGUGGGGCGACGAGCAGUCCGACUUCACCUGCAACACGCAGCAGCCCGGUUGCGAGAACGUUUGCUACGACGAGGCCUUUCCCAUCUCCCACAUGCGCUUCUGGGUGCUGCAGAUCAUCUUUGUGUCCACGCCGACCCUCAUCUACUUGGGACACGUGCUGCACAUUGUGCGCAUGGAGGAGAAGAGGAGGGAGCGGGAAGAUGAGAACAGGAAAAUGGGUCGCCACCUGGAGGACCACGAUCCCCUCUACCACAACGGAGACGGAGGGGGCGCUUGGAAGAAGGAGAAGCCACCCAUCCGCGAUGAGCACGGCAAAAUCCGAAUCCGCGGGGCCUUGUUGAGGACCUACAUCUUCAACAUCAUUUUCAAGACCCUGUUUGAGGUGGGCUUCAUCCUGGGACAGUACUUCCUCUACGGCUUCCACUUGCGGCCGCUCUACAAAUGUCGCCGCUGGCCGUGUCCCAACACAGUGGACUGCUUUAUAUCCAGGUCAGUUUUUUUUUUUCCCAUCACUACAUACCGUAAGGACCUUUGCUUGUCUGCAACCCCCCGUCGACAGUCUUUGAACCAUCAACCUGGAUUCCCUUACUAUGAUCAAGGUAUCUCUGUCAAUCAAAUUUUCGCAAAUUGCUAUGCAGGGUGAGAAUCCAUAAUUGAAACCACAUUUCUUCUGAGUCCAAAUUGAGGAUUUGGCAGACUUUCUAUUCCACACAGUUAAGUCAAAUGUCCUAAAAUCAGAUUGUAUGUUGUCGCGCAUAUCGCUGGAUUCGGGCAAAGCGACGUCUCCAAAACCAUCACGGGAUCAAAAAUGCAAAAAAGUACAAUCAAAUAAAGACACUGCGUUUUUGUUGCGUUAUUAACAUUGUGUCGUC